UCUUUGUUGUGGUGUUUUUCAGAAACAAUGGAUCAGAAAAAUUCCUUAUGAUGGACUACCAGCUCCCAGUAGUCUUCCUGCCCUCUUAUGAGAAUCCACCUGCAUGGAUACCCCCGCCGGAGCGGGUGCAUCAUCCCGACUACAACAAUGAGCUCACCCAGUUUCUGCCUCGGACCAUUGUGCUGAAGAAACCUCCAGGAGCACAGCUGGGCUUUAACAUCCGUGGGGGCAAAGCGUCACAGCUGGGAAUCUUUAUAUCAAAGGUGGUCCCGGACUCGGAUGCCCACAGAGCUGGACUACAAGAGGGAGACCAGGUUCUUUCUGUGAAUGAAGUUGAUUUCCAAGACAUAGAGCACUCAAGAGCUGUAGAAAUUCUGAAAACAGCGCGGGAAAUACUGAUGAGGGUCCGCUUUUUUUCCCUACAGUAAGUGAAAGCAUACUGC